AAUUCAAUUUCAAACUCAUAUGUUUUUUGUUUGAAAUCUGUCAAAUUUUUGUGAAUUUGUGGUUUUUUUAAAAUUAUAUUUGCGGAAAAUGUCGGGGGAUACCCAAAUUAUUAAAGAAUUAGAGGCUGAUAUUCGGAAAUUGAAGUUGGAGCUUCAAAAGAAAGAACGUCAAUUGCACGAGCUUAAGAAAAUGAAAACCCAUCAGAUCAAUCAUUAUUGUCCGGGGUUACUUAGCACUGAUGUAAUCCGUUACAGUAGACAAAUGCUUCUUUCGCAAGUAAGCUUAGAUGGGCAAAUAGCUCUCAAACGAAGCAAAGUUUUAAUAGUUGGUAUGGGCGGAUUGGGUUGCCCUUGCGCUUUAUAUUUAGCGGCGGCUGGUGUAGGAGAAAUAACUUUAGUUGACGAUGAUGUAGUGGAAGAAACAAAUCUUCAUCGUCAAAUUUUACACACGGAAUGUGAUUUGGGUGUAUCGAAGGUCAAAUCUGCUUAUGAAAAAUUAAAAAAUAUAAACAGUUCAAUUAAAAUUAUCCCAAAACAGCUUCACGCAGAUAGCCAAACAUUUACUGAAUUAUUUGAGAAGCAUAAAUAUAACGUCGUUGUCGAUGGUACCGAUAACGUAGCAACACGAUAUUUAUUGAACGAUGUUUGCGUUUUAAAUAACACCCCGUUAGUUUCGGGGAGUGCUUUACAAAUGGAGGGACAAUUAACUGUAUAUAAUUACGAUAAUGGACCAUGUUAUCGUUGCCUAUUUCCUGUCCCACCUCCAGUUGAAACUGUUACAAGUUGUGGAGAUGGAGGAGUUUUAGGAAUGAUUCCUGGGGUGAUCGGAGUUUUACAAGCAUUGGAAACUAUUAAAAUUAUAAUUCGAGAGGAAGGGGUUUUAUCAGCGAAAUUAUUAACUUUUGAUGGUUGUGAUACGGUUUUUAGAAACAUUAAAUUGCGAACGAAAAAUAAUCGAUGUGCUAUUUGCGGGGAUAACCCGUCGAUUGGGACUUUAAUUGAUUAUGAACAAUUUUGCGGUGCAAAAUCACACGAUAAAAUCAUCGAUAUUGAUUUAUUGGAUGAGAGGGAUCAUUUAGAUGUACGCGAUUUGAAAAACAAAUUAAACGAAAAUAAUUUAUUGAUCGAUGUGCGACCCAUCACCGAAUUUAUUAUGUGCAAAUUACCUAACUCUUAUAAUUAUCCCUACACUAGUAUACAAAGAAACGAUUGUUUAGAAGAUUUAAAACUAAAAAUUACCUCGACUUGUAAUGGGAAAUCAAACAACGUUUUGGUUAUUUGUCGCAGAGGAAACGAUUCGCAACGAGCCGUUUUAAAAUUGAGGGAACUUUUCGGAAACUUACCCGUUGUUUUUUUAAACGUUAAAGGUGGAUUGCAUUCGUAUUCGAAAUACGUCGAUUCUGUAUUCCCUAUUUAUUAAUUUUUUUUUUAAUUAUGUUGUUUUUUUUGUAUCUUAUCAUUAAAAUUAAAAUUGUUUUAAUACA